UCCCUAAACUUUUGGGAGAUAUUACUAAAAUAAGCAAAAGAAAUGGAUAUCACUGAUUGGUAAAGAAAAAAAAAAGAGAAAAAGAAGAUCAAAGCAAGAACAAUCUGUUUGGAAAAGAGAUCAGAAAAUUUGGAAGAAAAUGAGAAAGCAUGGGAGAGAAAAAGAGACUUUCUUUGAGGAGAUUUGUUGAUAUCUUGUUGCCAUAAGAACAUUUUUUUUUUUGUUAAAGAAGAAAAGAUGAAGAGAGAAACAAUGGAAGAUUUUGCAAUAAUGAGUGGGUUGGUUGGAGUGCAGUUUGUAUAUGCAGGAAACUCUGUUUUUAUGAGUUUUCUUAUGUCUUUGGGGAUUGAUCCUUUAACCCUUGUUAUCUUCUCUACCUUCUCUACUUUUCUCAUUGUCUCUCCGGUUGCUGUUUAUUUUGAAAGGUAUAGCUGGCCAAAGAAACUUAGUCUAAAGUUGAUCCUUCAGCUUGUUCUCAUAUCCUUUGGAGGGGUUACAUUGUUUCAGUCCCUUUUACUGAAAGGCAUACAGCUAACUUCGCCGACGUUAGCUACGGCGAUGCCGAAUCUCGCUCCUGGACUCAUCUUUGCCAUUGCUUGGAUCUUUAGAUUAGAAAAGGUUCAGCUAAGUUGCAUCUAUAGCAAGAUCAAGAUUUUAGGUACACUUCUAUGUGUGAUAGGCGCAUUCACCAUGAGCGUAAUGCACAGUGCUUCAUCGGAUACAGCAGGAAAAGAUAGUGUCCCACGACAAUCACCUCUGAGCGAGCAUAUGUUCGAUGAACAGAAGAUCCUCGGUUGCGCAUAUCUCUUCUCGGCUAUCAUUAUUUUAUCUAGCGUAGUUGUUCUGCAGGCAUCGACACUAGGCGAUUUCCCGGCACCAAUGUCGUUGUGUGCAAUAACAUCCCUCAUUGGAGUGCUCUUAACCAUAGGUGUACAGAUAGUUCAAUAUCACAGAAUUGAUAUUGCUUGGCCACUUCUAAUCAGUGUUAAAGAAUUGGCUGCCUAUGUUAUUGUGGGUGGAACGAUAAGUGGCGCUUGCGUGAGCUUCAACGGGUGGGCGAUGAAGAAACGAGGGCCAGUUUUAGUGUCAAUGUUUAGUCCGAUAGGAACAGUUUGUUCGCUCGUUCUCUCAGUUGUCACCUUAGGAGAAUCCAUCAAUAUCGGAAGCCUUGCUGGUAUGUUCAUGAUGUUCACCGGCCUCUACUUCGUCCUAUGGGCGAAAGGGAAGGAACGUUACGUGAGCCUAAACCAUCUUGAGAGUGAGUUCGACGUUGACAAGCCUCUUUUAAGUUGAAUUAUUUCAUUUUGAAAUACAUAAGUUCUGUUUUGUCACAUUAGGCAUUAGAAACACAAACACUUCGAAGGCAACUAUUUUUCUAGUGGGAUUGGGAUUGUUAUUUAGAACAGUUCCAACAUUUUGAACAUUUAACUUUUGCAGAAAGUUGAGGAGCUUCAAAUCUUUGGAAUGUUUGUUUUGUUUGGGAAAAUUCUAUCUUCUCUAUGCUUGAGUUUUGUAAAGACAGAAGAUUCACUUCAGCAACUCAACACAUCAUAUUCAUAUCUCUCUCUCUCUUUUCUUUUGUAGAUUAUAUCAGUUUGGAUUUUGAUUAUGUGCUUAAGUUUGUGAUGGAAUAGAGAAAUAGAAUUAUAGAUUUUUUCUCUCCGUAGUUGAUUUUUUUAUAAUCAUUUUCAUCAGUAAAAUUGUAAAUAUAUCUUGAAUUUUCCUUUUCUAGAAUAUAAAUUUCUAUUUCUGGUGGAUUUUAUUU